GGCAAAUGUUCUUGAUAAUCAAUCUGUAUGGGUAAGAGGGUAACAUGUUAUCAAAGAAGAAAAAACUAAUUCUAUCCGUAAUUAUAAACCGCUAUUAGAGGCUUACAGACGCCCUUUUCAUAGGCAUCAAAGAUUCUGUCUUUCUUACGUAUUGUUUGUUUGUUUAUAGUUGUCGGCUUCUUGACACUAAAGUCGAAUAUGUCAGUUUGUUUCAUGAUGACUCAACAAAACCGUAUUAUAACGUAUGUGAACAACAAAUGUUUCCGUUAUUCAAUUUCUUCUUGCAUUCAUGUAGUAUUACUGUUCAGUUUCAUUCACUUUGUUUUUUACCAAGCUUGGAAAACGAGGUUUGAGUAUCAUAUUAGAAAUUUAAUAAGGACGAUCAAAUCAAUAAUUGAGAUUUUCCUUUAUUUUGUCUAAGAAUUGGAGAUAUAAAAGAUUCACAAUAUAACAAAUGCGGUAGUCUAGAAAAGAAUAUGAGCGAUAGAUCCUUCCUUUUCUUAAAGCUUUCUUAUCCAUCAUUUCGUUAACAUCACAUUUUCAAACCUAUGAAUUGAAUUCGAAAGAACCAACUUGAACUAUACGUUCGUUGAACAGGACAAAAAAAUUACCUAAGCAAAGAUAGAAGCAGCAAUC